UCCAUGAUUCCGACUCCUCCCCAGUCCCUUCAAACACCAAAAUUUCCUUCCUUGAAUGUAUUCGGUUGAAGUAAACUGGCCAAGCUGUGUUCGUGAAGCCUUAAGCUAGCAGCCGCUACCCCAUUUUUGUUCGUGAAAUCCAGCACCCCCGAGCUCUCUCCCUCUCGAUUUGCCCCCUCCCUCACGCCGGCGAGCAGCAGCGGUAAGUGAGAUUCCCUGCAUGAACAGCAUCCACGCGACCUCUCCUUCUCCGGCGAACUCAGCACGAGCAACGGUCCUCUAGAACCCGAACGGCGGCUCCUCGAACUUCUUCGCCACUGAUCCAGAAAGAAUCCAAGUGUUGAUGAGCCUAGCUUUGUGCCUUCGGUGACGCUCGGUUGAUAAUGUCUGCUAAAGAUAAGAGAUCGCGUGAUAUAUUGGGCUCAAAAUUUGAACAAUGUGUGGGCAAAGAAGGCAUUGAAUGGAUAAUGAAUCUUCCAGACGUGCCCAUGAAGCUCCCACCGCACUUGGAAUUGCAUAGGACCAGAGUCGAAUGCAAAGCCGAUGCUCCCAUUCAUACAGAUACCAUACAGUAUUCUGGAGCAUAUGCUUCGAUGGGUGUUGAUAACAGUUUACAAUUGGAUUAUUUUCGCAACAACUUUAAAAUUGAAGUGAUUGAUCUAGGAGAGGAUGACAUUGAGUUUGACAUGAUUGGUAUUGACCCGGCACUCGCUAAUGCGUUUCGAAGAACCCUUAUAGCUGAGGUUCCCACUAUGGCUAUUGAAAAAGUUCUUGUUGCUAACAAUACGUCAAUAAUCCAAGAUGAAGUGCUUGCCCAUAGGUUAGGCCUCGUUCCGAUUCAUGUUGAUCCAAGGCUUUUUGAGUACUCAGAUGAAGACACACCAAAUGAGAAGAAUACCAUUGUUUUUAGACUCCAUGCUCGCUGUGAACGUGGAAAACCUCGUCUUACAGUGACAUCAAAAGCAUUGACGUGGUUACCUAAUGGUAGUGAAUUUCCUUUGGUAUCGGACAAAUCAGUUCCAAACUCAAAACCCAAAACCUAUACUUCUUUUAGUUGCAGCCAAGAUGCGCUACCAGAAUUUUCCAAAAAUCCAAUUGGUCCGAAAGACAGUGAUAUUAUAAUUGCUAGACUUUGCCCGGGUCAGGAAAUUGAACUUGAAGCUCAUGCUGUUAAAGGUAUGGGUAAAACACACGCUAAGUGGUCCCCAGUGGCCACUGCUUGGUAUAGGAUGCUUCCAGAGGUUGUACUUUUGGAGGAGAUAGAGGAUGAGUUGGCUGAAGAACUCAAAAGUAAAUGUCCUGUUGAUGUAUUUGACAUUGAAGACAUUGCUAAUGGUAAGAAAAGGGCAACUGUAACACGCCCACGAUCUUGCACAUUAUGUAGAGAAUGCAUAAGAGGAGAAGCAUGGGAGAAACGUGUCUCAUUGCGUCGUGUGAAGAAUCAUUUCAUUUUUAAGAUUGAAUCAACCGGAGCUUUACCUCCUGAGGUGCUGUUCACUGAAGCUAUAAAGAUUUUGGAAGAUAAGUGUGAACGUUUAAUUGCUGAGCUCUCUUGAUUCUUGUCAUGGAUAACCAAUAUAGAUCAACUUAUUAUUCCAUUAUAUUUACAAGUCACAAAUUUUUGUAGUAUGCGAGCUCUGAUCUUCUAUUUUUCUUUUGAAAAGAAAGUGGAACAGCAAGUCUUGUUGGGCCCAAUUUUAAGAAUGCCAAAGGAGAUCCCGAGGCCUUCGUUAUGUUAAAUCAAGAAUACCAGAAGAAUUAAUUACAAAACAGGCCUGCACAAACUCGAGAGAACUCGGGAUAAAACCUCUCCAAUGCUCUCUGUUUACGCUGUCCCUAGCGAAAAUUACAUAAUAGAAAAACUCUUGCCGUGGUGCGAUUAGGCAGCGAGUCCAAUAGUACGGGAGUAUCAUUUUUAAUACGGUAGUGAUGUGGGAAAUAGUGAAUGAAAGAGAGUAUGGUACUUUUAUAGUACCAAAAAAUUUCCUUGCAACUACAAGUGCAAGUGACCAAGUUGUGAGCUGGAGCUGAUUGCUUUUGAUUUUCAAAUUAUUCAUGAUUAUUUGAAUUA